ACUCAUCGGACCUUUCCCACACCGGACCAUCCCUACUCCCACUCCCACACGGGGUGCAACUCUGUAGUCACCAGAAACAGUUCAAAAACUUAUAGAGCAUCGUUGCGGUCACACUUAUAGCAGAAGUUAGCACCCUUCACUAGGUGUAGUGUAUAAAUACAGCGGCAAGCAUCGGGACUAGCUUCCCACUUUCCGGCGAAAACAGAAACUCGGAGAGUCGGCUUGAGGCUCCUUAUAGACCUGAUGAAUUGUAGGUCUGGACAGCCCUCAGCACUCACGGACUUCCUGGGAAGACGCCUUUUAAAUCCUCAAGUCUGCGAGAACCUGAGACCUGUUCUGUGUCCUCUGCCACUUGACUAAUAACAAAGGUUCUGCAAGCAGUGGAGAUGGCCUGCAGAUCACCGGCUUAAUAUCCUCACAUAAAAGGGGCAAGUGGGGACAGAAGUCACAGGAAACCCCAGAGAAGCAUCCAGCAGCAAUGGUUCAACCCAGCCAUGAGGAGGACGAUGAUGAGGAUGAGUCUAAAGUUGGUUUCAGCAGAGAGCCUAUCCGCAGGAACUCUCGCUUUUACCGGUCAAUGAGGAAAAAGAGGCUGGUUUCAUCUGAGCAGUCUGAAAGUUCUACCAGGCCCAGCUUGGACCCAAGUCCAUCCAACAGAACAGCAGUCUCCUACUCUAAUGCUCCCUUACCCCACAAAUCACCUUUGUUGCCUGGGGCUAGACGCCGUCAGCUCACACCACAGCUACAUCAUUCCAGAACUGUGUUGCCAAGCAAUGGUGAGGCCAGCAGCAGACAUACUCUGUACAACCUAGAUGCUGUGGAUAAGAGAAGAGGAGGAGUGGGAGGAGGGAGUGUGGACAUAUCCGCUGCCUUAAACAGCCAGCAUAGAGAUUUUAAAGCUGACAUGAUCACUUACCGGACUCAUGGCAUUCAUAGUGGAGACAUAAAAAAGCUGUCUGAGCAAACAGCUGCAGCUUGCACCGUGCAGGAGGUCAGAGGGAUAGCCAUGAGCUCACAGCAGCCCAGUUCUGAUGGCGCACACCAGGAUAACGUCAACCUCAGGUUGCUGAGCAAUGGAGAAAGCUCCCAGACAAUCUGCCACAGCCUCAACAUCGUCAAAAACAUUGCCUUCCUUUACCAGGAAUACCGGGAUACCUCCAAGCAGCAGGAGAUCGAGCAACGGCGGCAGCGUGACAGCCUUUCUCCUGGGGUUAUGGCAGGGACUGUGGUGGCAGAGGCCCCCCCAGCAUUACAGCUGCAGCUGAGGAACAGUGCUCGCUCACUGAGCUUGUGGCAAAACCUGGAAGCCGUGCAGGCCAGUGGCCUGCUCACCCAGUUACCACAGAAAGAAAUCAUAAUUCAAGAGGCCAUGUUUGAGCUUGUUACCUCAGAAGCUUCCUACUACAAGAGUUUGGAAAUUUUAGAGACUCACUUCCUCCGUAACCCUGUGUUAAUCAACACUCUCAGCCAAUCCGACAUGCAUUUUUUGUUCUCCAACAUUGAGGAAGUCAUGAAAGCCAGUGAAAGGUUCCUGAUGGAUCUUGAGCACCGAAUCGAAAAGUCCAUUUUGAUUUCUGAUGUGUGUGACAUUGUUUACUAUCAUGCUGUGGAACACUUCAGUGUCUUCAUCAAAUACGUUAUUAACCAGGUAUACCAGGAAAAGAACUACAGACGCAUUUUAGAGGGAAACCAGGCAUUUCGCGAGGCCAUGGCUGCACUGGAGAACCAUCCUCGUGUCAGAGGCCUGUCCUUCACGUCAUUCCUCAUUCUUCCUUUCCAGAGGAUCACAAGGCUCAAGCUGCUCGUACAAAAUAUCCUGAAAAAAGCUGAAGAAAGCUCAGAGAGGGAAGCAAAUGCUAUAAAAGCACAUCAGCAACUGGAGCAGAUUGUGAAAGAAUGUAACGAGGGGGUGCGAAAAAUGAGUCGCACUGAGGAGCUUAUCAGCAUUGAGAAAACACUGGAGUUUAAAUCCAAGUCUGUGCCCAUCAUUUCCCACUCACGCUGGUUACUGAAGAAGGGUGAAGUGCAGCUAAUGGCUGGACCUAAGAGCACAAGGACCAUUCGGAGUCGUAAGCUCUACCAACCAGUCUACUUGUUCCUUUUUAACAAUCUGCUGCUGGUUACCAAGCGCAGCUCUAGUGGGGACAAGUUCCAGGUUCUUGACUCAUGCACGCGGGCCAUGUUGAGGACUGAAGAUCUUGAAGACCAGGGCCAGCUGCUGGCCAGUGUCUUUAAUCUUAAACUGCUGGAGAACCAAGAGGAGCGUCCAGUCAACUACAUGCUCAAGACCGCCAGUAUGAGUGACAAGCUUCGAUGGAUGUGUGCUCUCACACCUAACCGGCGUACACGCUUUAUGUCUACUAGUGCCCAACAACCAGACUCUCCACAGGUGCAGUGUAUUCAGUCAUACUCAUCUCAGGAGCCAGAUGAACUCUCCAUUGAAAUGGCUGAUGUUUUGAACCUCGUAGAGAGAACAAAUGAUGGUUGGAUGAUGGGUGAGAGGCUCCAUGAUGGUGAAAGGGGCUGGUUCCCUAGUCGAGUAGUAGAGGAGAUCCAGAGCAAGGAGGUCCGAGCUCAGAACCUGAGAGAGGCCUUUAGGAUCCAGCAAGCCCAGGAAGGUGGAGGAGGCCCGCAAACUGGAGCCAGGGUUGGUUUAAGGGCAGGGAGACGCACACCAAAGGUCUCUAGCUUCUCCAGUCCUUGGAUUGAUCAAAUGGGGGAGAGCAGUGAAGUAAAGCAGUGAAUCAGUAAUAGUGAUGAUUAUCACCAUUCAGGAUCAUAUGCACUAAGAGAAACAUAAUCAGGAUCCAUGUUACCUAAUUACCAUACAAUGACAUCUUGUCCCUUUGAUUCUCAUUUAGCAGUGGAUGGUUUUAAACAUCCACAGUUUUAGUCUCAGUGAUCUGGGACAAAUUAUCAAAAUGUUUGAGUCAGUAACCUUGUACAAGCUAUGCUGUAUGUCUCAUAUGUAGUGAAUGUGUAUUGUAGGCCCACGCACUGCAGUGUGUAAUGCAUGGAGCAAAGCUCUGUGCUUGGGAGCUUUGUGUGGGAAUGGCAAGCCCUAAAAGUCUAUAGGCACUGUAAACAUCCAUCAGCUGCAUGGGCAAGUUUUAAAUCUUUUAAUGUGUUCAUUUCAUUCUGAACUACCUUUCAGCACUGAAUUAUACCCCACAGCCACAUUGCAUUCAAGUGUGUGGUGGCCGUGAGAGGUCAAUGCACUGCAACUUAAGAAAGCACAGGCAAAUAGACAAAAUAAAAGCAAUUAAAGAAGUGAUUUUCAUCAAUUUGGCAACUUGUGCAGCAUUCAGGAAAAAACUGCAAAGUCAGGAAACACAAAUCAAAUAGAAAAAAACACAACCAAAUACAGACACAGAACAUGACGGAAAUUAGUUUUAAAAAAACUCAUUCACUUAAUGGAAAUGAGGUAACAAUGUCCGUUUUUUAGUUUUAAUAUUCUGAUUGCAUGAUUAAGAUAUUGCAACACUUUAUUUGAAAAGAAAAUAAUGGCAAAAGGUUAACACUAGGUAAUAGCAAAUGCUUGAAAUAAUAUUUGAAUCAUGCAACCAGAAACUUACAUUAAAACUUACAUUGUUAACUAAUUUUACAACACUACUGAGUGAGAGUGAAAAUGGACUUGGACAUGGCAACAUAUAAGCGUGCCCCAGGUGUGUCCGGGCAUGUUCAUCAGUUUUUAGGUGUCCCCUGAAAACUAACUUUAUAACUAAGUUCUGUGUGACUUCCAUGCCAGCAUGUCUGUAUUUGGUUGUUCUCUGUUAUUGCAGCAUAUUCAUGUAUUUGGUUGUCUCUUUGCAGAAUUUUUAUAACAUGCUACACAUGUGUUGUAAAGUUCAAGAUUUUUUCUUCUUUUGUUGGUGUUUUUUCUAUUUACAUGUGUGGAGUACAUUGUCCUUUCAGGGCCACCAUACAAUUGUCUAGUAAAAUCAAUACAUAGAGUAGUAUUGUAUGCAAAUCACCAAUGAUUAUUUAAAAAGUCUGUGUCUAUGAAUAUUCAUAUAAGUGCUAAAGUGAUAUGUAUCUUUUGAGUAUGAAACACUGACAACAGCAAGAUUUGUCUGCUGGCUGUAAAAGGAUUCUCAAUGAUGGAGAAGAGUGGCAGUAGUUAGCUUGGCUUCACAGCAGUUACAAUAUUGUCAGGACAUCCAUAGAUAUGACAGGUGUCGAUUAGUAAUGAUGGGACCCAGUGCAACAUUCACCUCAUGAUAGGCACAUCUUCAAGUUUACUUGUAUGGCUGUGCAUUGUGAGGACCAGUGUGAGUUUUAAACAAUUGGAGUGAGGACAUUUUGGGAAAGUGAGGACAUUUUUUCUGGUCCUCACACCUUCAA